UUUCCGAAGGUAAAAUGAAAUCCUGGAAAACUAAAAGCUGAACAAGGAGCCAAACCCUAACCCUAGCUCUAUUGAAUGUUGUUCUAAAAGCCGCCCCUGCUGCUCCGUUGCCCUGAAUUCCAACCUCUCAGUCUCAGCAGCCCUCAAGGAAGAAGGAAAAAUGAAGGUGAUAGCCGCAUAUUUGCUGGCUGUGUUGGGAGGGAACACUAGCCCUUCAGCUGAAGAUUUGAAGAAUAUUCUUGGAUCCGUUGGAGCUGAAGUUGAUGAUGAUAAGAUUGAGCUGCUCUUGUGUGAAGUCAAGGGUAAAGAUAUAACUGAGCUUAUUGCAUCUGGAAGAGAGAAAUUAGCAUCUGUACCUUCUGGUGGUGGUGGUGGUGCUGUUGCAGUUGCCGCAACAGGUGGCAGUGGUGGUGGUGGUGGUGCUCCUGCUGCAGCCGAGUCAAAGAAAGAGGAAAAGGUGGAAGAGAAAGAGGAAUCAGAUGAUGAUAUGGGCUUCAGUCUCUUUGAUUGAGGAAUAUCAUUUUUAUUUCAAGAUAUCUCCAAUUGAGGACUUGGUAGGACUUUAGAGUUCUUCUUUCUAGCGGCUGUUGUUUUUUUUUUUUUUUGGAGGUUUCUCUGUUAAGACUGGGAAGUUGAUAACUGUGCUAAAAUUUUACAGACUAA